AAAAAAGGGGGCUAGGUUUAAUAUAAAUAGAAAUAAGAAGCAGUUAAUGGUUGUGAAGAGAGGCAAGCGAACAAAUCUCAGAGAUAGUUGUUAAUUAGAUAAAAGAGAGAUCAGCGAACAUGAGAAGAUCUCUUUGUGGUGAUGACUCUGGUCUCAAGAAAGGUCCUUGGACUCCUGAAGAAGAUGAGAAACUUGUCAACUAUGUCCAAAAACAUGGCCAUAGUAGCUGGACAGCUCUUCCCAAGCGUGCUGGUCUUAACAGGUGUGGGAAGAGUUGCAGGCUAAGAUGGACUAACUACUUGAGACCUGACAUCAAGCGAGGGAGAUUCUCUCCGGAGGAGGAACAGACUAUUUUGAACCUUCAUGCAGUUCUUGGAAACAAGUGGUCAACGAUUGCAAACAACUUACCAGGGAGAACAGACAACGAGAUCAAGAAUUUCUGGAACACCCAUUUGAAGAAAAAGAUGAUUCAGAUGGGAAUUGACCCAAUGACUCAUCGUCCAAGACCUGAUGUCUUCUCCAGCUUAUCUCAUCUUGUGUCUAUGUCCUCUAACCUUAGAGAUUUUGUUGAUAUGCAGCUACAGUUUCAAACUGAUCAAGAGCAAACUAUACUGAAGCUCCAAACCGAGAUGGCAAAACUUAAAUUGUUACAAUACCUUCUUCAACCACCUUCCAUGAAUAACAACAUUAACCCUAAUGACCUUGACACUCUCAGUCUCCUCAACUCUAUUGCCUCCUUCAAAGAAACUAAUACCACCAGCAAUAAUCUCGACCAUGGUUCCUAUCUUCAGUACUUCAACAGCGUACCAUCCCUAACCGGACCAUCAUCAGUUUUCCCCCAAGAUCUUGAGGACAAUCACUUUAAAUUCUUCACUCAAAGAGAGAACCUGCCAAUAUCUCCAGUCUGGCUCUCGGAUCCCUCCAGCUCAAAUCAGAGUUUGGUACCUUCUCUUGAUCCUUCAUCUGCUGUGAGUGAUGAUGAUCUUAUUAGAAACCGAUACAUUAUUGAAGAUGUCAAUAGCAAUCUCAUGACCUCUUCAAUUCGUCAAGAGUCAGGAGCUUCAGCUUCAGCUGUAUGGCCUGAUCAUCUACUGGAUGAUUCCAUAUUUUCCAACAUUGUUUAGCCUUCGUUCUUUUUCAGGUAUGUUUUGGAGGAACUCAAAAAUCAAAUUUGUUUGAGAAUGUAUUUGCGUAUCUAUAUGUAUUGUAGACACAUCAUAUAUGUGUGUUCAUUUUGUGGAUUGUAAAGUACAGUACAUGUUUCAUAACUCAUAUGCCUGCUGUUAUCAA